CCGCUGUCACGCUCUCGGAUGAGCCGCAGCCGCCGCAGCCCCGGGAGCCCACGCGCGAGUCGGUAGCCGCCGGGCGAGCUGAACGAGCCCAGGGCAUCCCCCCGGCAGCCCCCCGCGGCCGCAGGGAUGCGGUGUCCCCGUCCUUAGGAAAACCUGGGCCACGACUUGCCACCUCGGGACCCCGCGGCCACAUCCCCGCUGUCCUGCCAGAGGGAAUACCCGAGCCCCAGCGCGGUGUCGGCGCCCAGAGGGAUGUGGAGCCACAGAGGCAGCGGACCCUGUGACUGACACAACCCCGCCAGCCCACAGCUGAAUGGAAAGACUGCAGAAGCAGCCACUGACCUCCCCUGGGAGCGUCUGUUCUUCCCGCGGAUCCAGCGUUCCUGGAUCUCCCUCCAGCAUCGUGGCCAAAAUGGACAACGAGGUCCUGGGGUACAAGGAUCUGGCUGCCAUCCCUAAGGACAAAGCGAUCCUGGACAUCGAACGCCCGGACCUGAUGAUCUACGAGCCCCAUUUCACCUACUCGCUCAUGGAGCACGUGGAGCUGCCCCGGAGCCGGGAGCGCUCCCUGUCUCCCAAAUCCAUGUCUCCUCCUCCGUCUCCAGAGGUCAUCCGGGAGUGGCUGGAGAGCCGGCCCCCCAGCAGCACCCCGCUGCCCCCCUCGCGCCAGGGCACUGCCCCGACCCGCAGCAGCGUCCAGCACUUCCACCGACCCGAGACCGACACGACAGAGCUCAACAUCUACAAGAAGCCACCGAUCUACCGGCAGAAAGACCACCAUUCCAGCGCCCACCACGGGAAGCAUCUCAUAGAGGACUUGAUCAUCGAAUCCUCCAAAUUCCCGGCGGCGCAGCCCCCGGAUCCCAACCAGCCCGCCAAGAUCGAGACCGACUACUGGCCGUGCCCCCCGUCCCUGGCCGUCGUGGAGACGGAGUGGAGGAGGCGGAUGGCGUCCAAGAGGGGGGAGGAGGAGGAGGAGGAUCUCACGGAGGAGAUGAAGAACCUGCGGGAGCUCCAGCGGCAGGAGCUGAGCAAGGUCACCUCCAACCUCGGGAAGCUGAUCCUGAAGGAGGAGAUGGAGAAGUCGCUCCCGAUCCGGAGAAAAACUCGCUCGCUGCCGGACCGGACGCCCUUCCACACGUCCCUGCACUCGAGCUCCAAGAGCUCCUCCCUCCCCGCCUCCGGCCGAAGCACCCUCACCCGGCUGCAGUCGGCAGAGUUCGGCUCGGCGGGGAGCGAGAAGGGCAGUCCGGCCCUGCAGAACGGCCAGCGCGGGCGCAUGGACAGAGGGAACUCCCUGCCCAGCAUGUUGGAGCAGAAGAUCUACCCCUAUGAGAUGCUGAUGGUGACGAACCGAGGCCGCGUGAAGCUCCCGCCCGGCGUGGACAGGACCAGGCUGGAGCGACACCUGUCCCCCGAGGACUUCCUGAAGGUGUUCGAGAUGCCGCCGGAGGAGUUCAGCAAACUGGCGCUGUGGAAGCGCAACGAGCUGAAGAAGAAAGCCUUCCUCUUCUGAGCCCUCCUCGGCCCCGAGCUCCGUCCGUGUCGCGCCGUGUAACCGCUUUAGGGCUCUCAGCCGGUUUUUAUUGGGGUCCUCCACCCUUCCCGGCCCCUCCAGUCCCCCAGAUCUGCCCCCCACCCCCCCCCACCCCCCCCCCCCGCCUCAAUUCUCCUGCAGGGAACGGGAUUGGGGCGGCUCGAACCUGCCUGGGGCAGCCCCCGCCCGGCAGCAGGCACGGUUCAGCCAGGAGGGGAGGUUUGGGGGGGGUCUCUGAGCUUUGUGUCCCCCCCCACCUUUUCCCCCCGGGAAUGUUGGUGGGGCAGUGCCUGGCUCUGCUUUUGGCUGGGUCCGAGGGGAGGGCAGUGAGGAGGGUCCCCUCCUCCCUGCGGGUCCGCCGCCCCCAGCCUCCCCACCCCGGGGUGCCCCUGUGCCCCCCAAGGUGCCCCUGCCCCCCACCCUGAGGCUUGGGAAGAGCCUGGGGGCCGACACUGCCAGAGCGAUGUUCUCCCGGCAAAGCCAGGCGCAAAUCCUGCCCUGCCCGCCUCCAGCCCCUCAAUUUUAUCCCCACCCCCGGUCCCGCCUGUGCCAGGUGCUGCAGCGAGGACCCCAAGGACACUGCCAAACCCCCCGGCUCCGGGCUGGGCGGAGGGGCAGGGGGAGCACCCUGGGGCUGGGUAGGGGGUGGCAGAAUUGGGGUGGGGGGGGUCCCAAUGAGACCCUGAGGCAGCUCCUGGUGCAUUUCCAGCUGCGGAUGUGGGGGGAUGCACUGGGGGGGGUGCAGGAGGGGCGGGGGGGAUGCACUGGGGGGGUGCAGGGGGGCACUGGGGCGAUGAUUUGGGGGGUACAGGAGGGCGCUGGGGCGAUGAACUGGGAUGCUGAAGUGGGAUGAUGAACCGGGGCGAUGGAUUGGAGCAGGGCACGGCUCGCGAUGGGCACGGCGGCCACCCACGGCAGGGCUGGGCAGUGUCCCUGGCCCCUCCCGGCCGCGCGGACAGGGCUCGGCACCGGGCAGCACCUUCCCUUGUCACCCCCCUCCCCUCUCCAGGCACACGUUUUGGGCAGGACCCCUCUUUCCCCGCACCCCCCCCGGUCGCCCCCUCCCCCACGCUCCCCGGUUUCUGUUUCCAGCCACUUUUCCAGCCGCUAGACCUUGUUGGGGUGUAAAGAAUGUAAUUUAUCGGGAAUUCACUGGCCCAUACUUGCCUUUCACUGCUACGAACGACAUAUCUAUAAAUAUAUAUAUAAAUAUGGGUUGUUUUCGGACUGGACUACAGUGAUUCACUUUCUCUGUUUUUGUUAGAGUUUAUUUUAUUUGCUGGUGUCGGAGAAUCCGCGUGAGAGUGAUUUUUUUGCUUACAAUUAAAGGUGAAAUGGCUUUAUCCA